AUAACAUCACAACUUUAAAUGUACAUAUCGUUUCAUUCUCUGAAUCAUACCUGUUACGACGAAUAUAAUAAAUUCUUCCAUACUCGUGUAAAAAGUUUUCUUACUAUGUUCUAUUUUUAACUUUAAAAGGCUCACCCUGUAAAUUUUUGUGAGAACAUUUUUGAAAACAAUAAUUCCAUCUAAUCAAUAUAACUUAUCUACGUCACUAUCUUUGAGAGAACGCUGUUGAGAGGUGUUUAUAUAAAUACCGGCACGCUAGAAGUGUUUAUUCAUUCCAUUAGCUUCACUAGUUCUGUUCGUGAUUUAUAUACUAACAUUUCAACAAUGAAUUCCAUUCUAAUUACUGGAUGCAAUCGAGGAUUAGGACUCGGUAUAGUAAAAGAAUUACUGCUUUUACCAAACGUCCCGAAAUACAUUUUUGCCACCUGUCGUGAUCAGUCAAAAGCAAAAGAACUUCAAGAGCUGGCUGCUAAACAUUCCAACAUAUAUAUAUUGGAAAUUGAUUUGCUAAAAUACAGUGAUUAUGCAAAUUUGGUUCAAAAAGUUGAUGAAAUCACAAAAGGAGAAGGUCUCAACGUGCUUUUCAACAAUGCAGGUAUAGCAAAGUGGGAAAGAAGUAUUGAUGACAUUGAGGCUGAAAACUUGCUUUCCAUAUAUGAAACAAAUUCUGUUGCGCCUUUACUUCUUGCAAAAGCUUUCGUACCAUUAUUGAAAAAAGCAUCGAAAGCCAAUGAAAAGAAACCAAUGGGAUUGGAACGUGCUGCUAUAUUAAAUAUGAGCUCAAGAGUUGGCUCUAUUGAUGAUAAUACCAGUGGUGGUCUAUAUUCUUAUCGUAUGUCUAAAGCGGCUUUGAACAUGGCAACAAAAUCAUUAAGCAUAAAUUUGAAGGAAGAAAAAAUAUUAUGUGUGACUUUGCAUCCUGGUUGGGUACAAACUGACAUGGGCGGAGCAAAUGCACCAUUAGAUGUGGAAACAAGCACCAAAUUAUUAGUUCAAAAUGUUAUAAGUUUUAAUGAAAAACAUAAUGGUGAAUUUUAUCAAUAUGAUGGUAAACAAUUGCCUUGGUAAUAUGAUAAAAAUAUUCAAAUAUUUUGUUGUUAUCAA